CUGGGGUUUGCGUUUUGCGUGUGAAAAAGAAUAUUCACUCUCCAUCACGAAAAAGAAAAAUUGUCGAAGGCGAAAGGCCAUUUGGCUCUGAGAAAAGAGACGCGAUGAAGAGCCCGUGGAAGAUCUCGGAGAAGAUAAUCGGGGUUCGGAGAUGGAGAGAAUACACGUCUCAGUCAGAUCUCGUCCGCUUUCCACGGAGGACGCGAUGAAGAGCCCGUGGAAGAUCUCUUUGCUGCUGCCGUUCGGGGAUUCAACGGUAAUCCUCAGAUGAUUCACGUAUCUGUUCGAUUAGUUUUGCUUCGAUUUUGAGAUAUUUCAGUACUGAGUUUCUAUUUCAUUUUGGAGGAACCGUCUUUGUUUAUGGUCAAACGAACAAUGGGAAGACGCAUACGAUGCGAGGCUCACAGAGUGAACCAGGAAUCAUCCCUCUUGCUGUUAAUGAUUUGUUUGAGAAUGUAUAUCAGGAUGCAAGCAGGGAUUUAUAACGAAGAUAUAAACGAUCUCUUGGCUCUUGAUGAGAGUUGUUUAUGUUGCAAAACUUGUUAACGGUUGUGUUGUUGCUUGUUUAACAGGGGAGAAAGAAAGAGAGAAAGAGUCUGGUGCUAUUCCAGAGGAAGGUGGAGAAACUGUGGUGAAGGAAGAAAAGAAGAAGAAUAAAAAGAAGGAGAAGAAGACUAAGAAGGAGAAGAAGAAAAACAAGACGUUAGAUGAGAAGGAAGAGAAUAGAGAGGAUGUUGUUAUGGAUGAACUCGAACAUGAGAAUGUUGAAGAUGCUCAAGAGCAGGAGCUUGACUUUUGGAUGCCUCCGGAUGGAGAAAGGUGGGACUUUGAUGAUGGAGGAGACCGGUGGGGAUCAGAUUCGGAGGAGGAAGAAGGAAAGAAUGUGGAAGAAGAUCCAAUAGUAGGUGAGAUCGAUGAAGAUGGAAAGAGUAGCUUGGAUGAUUGCAUAAUGGGUGAAGUUGAUGAAGAUGGCAAAAGUAGUUUGGAUGAAGCUCCUGAAAGAGAAAGAGGUAUCAAGAAGAUGAAACUUAAUAGCAUGUCAGAUCCUGUUUCUGCUCGUCAGUCUAAUGUAAACCCUGAGGAGCUACGGACGACUCUUCUUUCUAGAGCAACAUCACUUUCCGAAACUGCAUUGAAAGUUCUUCUUUGCAGACGAGAUAAGCUUACUCUUGAGCAGCGGUCAAUAGAAGACGAGAUUACCAAAUGCGAUGAACGCAUCAAAAACAUCAAAGGUGAUUUGGUGCUGCAACUAGAAACAAUACUCGAGAGCUGCAACGAGGCAUACCCGAGGAGGAGUAACCUUCAAGAAUCUCAUGACAAAUCAGCAUGUCAAAGAAACAAGAGGCAGAUGAAGCUCUGUGAGCCUCUUCCUUGUACCAAAAGCAUGUGUCAGAAACUCGACGACAUCUGUUUCGAGAAUAGCUGGGUACUACCAAGCUACCAUGUGUCUCUCUCAGAUGGUGGAUUUAUAGCUGAAGUAAGAAUAGAGGAGACUCAGUUCGCUCGCACAAUCUGUGGAGAAGAAAAAUCUGAUGCCGAGGAAGCUAGGGAAUCUGCGGCGGCUUGCUUGCUAACUAAGUUACACCACAACACAUCAACAGCCAACGAUGUCGUAGCAGAGGCCCGUUUGAGAUCCCCUACGUCCGCAGAAGUAUCCAUGCCGACGAGUACACCCGGUGAAACCUCAGGAAAAGAUUCAUUAACAUCACUUGCAACUGCACAAGUGGAUCUCACCGCUUACUUGUUCUUAGCCUUGAGGACGCUUCGUUCGAAUCUUGUCAUGCCAUAUCAAAUAUUCACCAAUUCAAUGCUACAGAAGAUAAGCAAAAAGAUUCCGAGAAACAAAGAGGAACUCCUCGAGAUAGAUGGCAUUGGGGAGGACAAAGUAAGCAAGUACGGUGAUCGAUUGUUGGAAACAAUAGAAUCAACGAUCAGGGAAUACUCCCUUAACCAAGAAGAAAGGCUCCAUAGAGUAAAAUAAGGACAAAGAUGUGUUUUAGGAGCUGAGUUAAGAGUUAUUACCUUGGUGAAGCCGUAACCACUCUGAAACUUUAACUUUAAAAGAGUUUUCUACACCUUUUGUAAACUUCUACGGUCUAAAACCUUAAACUUUUUAUUCGAUGUUGGGUUCUUCAUGCA